AUGUCAGGGCUUCUGGGAAUCUGGGCAUUUGUUUGGGCCUUGUUGGUUGUUCUUUGGAGCAGUAACGGGGCUCGGGCUGGGACGGGCCCUGGGGACCGCCCGGCGGCGCCCUUGGGAGCGGGGAUCGAACCGGGCCCGGCCGCGCCCGGGGCUGCCCCCGGCACCGCCUCCCCACAAAGCGGGGGGAACCCACGGAGCCGCCGGGACUCCGUGCCCCGGUUGGGAUCUGGCGGCUCCCCGGGGAGCGAACGGGGCGCCGUGCGGGACGGGGGCUCGGGCAGGGAGCAGGCCCGGCUGAGGGCCAGAGUGGUGGAGGAGGACACCGAGGAGCGGCAGAAGGACCCGCAGGUCUCCGGGCUGCAGAGAGUGGGAGGUGUGGAUUUAUCCUACAUCGAGGGGCACGGAGCCGUGCCUGCGCCUCCCUGGCUGUGCUCAGCUACGCGGCUCUGGAGGUACCGCCCGGGCCGGGCCGGGCAGCUCUCAGCGUGUGCCAGCUCCCCGUGCCAGAACGGAGGCACCUGUGUCAAUGACAGACAGAGCUUUGUCUGCGCCUGUCGCCACCCCUUUGGAGGAGUCAACUGCAGCGUCAAGCUGGUGAAGGACAAUUCCCUGAGUGUUGAUUUUUCAAAAGGAUCAUACAGAUAUGCACCUAUGGUGGCUUUUUUUGCUUCUCAUACAUAUGGAAUGACAACUCCAGGACCCAUCAGAUUUAACAAUCUGGAUGUCAACUACGGCGCCUCGUUUGCCCCAGCAACUGGGAAGUUCCAUGUUCCAUACCUGGGGGUCUAUGUUUUUGAAUGGACCAUUGAAUCCUUCAGCCCACGUGCCUCUGGCUAUCUGGUCAUUGAUGGGGUAGACAAACUCACCUUUCAGGCUGAAAAUAUGAAUAACAGCAAGUACACCUUUGACAGAGUCAUUACUGGAAAUGCUUUAUUAGAGUUAAAUUACGGUCAGGAAGUCUGGCUCAGACUGGCAACUGGCUCUAUACCAGCCAAGUACCCACCUGUAACUACAUUCAGUGGUUACUUGUUGUAUCGUACCUAA